AUGAUCCAGAACCUCACUGACUCUCCCACUCAACCUGGCGCAGCUGGCUACGGCUCUACAGUUGCCACCUUCCACAAUGUAACUGACCUUCAUGCUCCAACUCGCACAGCUGGCCACGGCUCUACAGUCGCCACCUUCCUGAACGUCACUGACUCUCCUGCUCCACCUGCUGGCCACGGCUCAUCAGUCGCCACCUUCCACAAUGUAACUGACCUUCAUGCUCCACCUCGCACAGCUGGCCACGGCUCUACAGUCGCCACCUUCCUGAAUGUUACUGACUCUCCUGCUCCACCUGGCGCAGCUGGCCACGGCUCUACAGUCGCCACCUUCCACAACUUCACAGACUCUCCUGCUCCACCUGGCGCAGCUGACCACGGCUCAUCAGUCGCCACCUUCCACAACCUCACUGACUCUCCUGGUCACUGCUCUACAGUCGCCACCUUCCAAUACCUCACUGAGUCUCCUGCUCCACCUGGCGCAGAUGGCCACGGCUCUACAGUCGCCACCUUCCAGAACAUCACUGACUCUCGUGUUCCACCUGGCACAACUGGCCACGGCUCUUCAGUCACCACCUUCCAAUACCUCACUGACUUUCGUGCUCCACCUGGCGCAACUGUCCACAGCUCUACAGUCACCACGAUCCAUAACCUCACUGACUCUCCUGCUCCACCUGGCGCAGCUGGCCACGGCUCUACAGUCGCCACCUUCCAGAACCUCAUUGAGUCUCCUGCUCCACCUGGCGCAGCUGGCAACUGCUCUACAGUCGCCACCUUCGAAAACCUCACUGAGUCUCCAGCUCCGUCUGGCGCAGCUGGCCACGGCUCUACAGUCGCCACCUUCCAGAACCUCUCUGUCUCUCUUGCCCCAAUGGCGCAGCUGGCCACGGCUCUACAGUCGCCACCUUCCAGAACCUCACUGACUGUCGUGCUCCACCUGGCGCAGCUGGGCACGGCUCUACACUGGCCACGGCUCUACAGUCGCCACCUUCCAGAACCUCUCUGUCUCUCGUGCCCCAAUGGCGCAGCUGGCCACGGCUCUACAGUCGCCACAUUCCAGAACCUCACUGACUGUCGUGCUCCACCUGGCGCAGCUGGGCACGGCUCUACAGUCGCCACCUUCCUGAACCUCAUUGACUCUCCUGCUCCACCUGGCGCAGAUAGCCAUGGCUCUACACUCGCCACCUUCCACAACCUCACUGACUCUCGUGCUCCACCUGGUGCAGCUGGCCACGGCUCUACAGUCGCCACCUUCCAGAACCUCUCUGUCUCUCGUGCCCCAAUGGCGCAGCUGGCCACGGCUCUACAGUCGCCACAUUCCAGAACCUCACUGACUGUCGUGCUCCACCUGGCGCAGCUGGGCACGGCUCUACAGUCGCCACCUUCCUGA